AUGGAGAAAAGCAAUAAUGUGACUGUAUUCAUUCUCUUGGGUCUUUCUCAAAACAAAAACAUUGAACGUAUCUGCUUUGUAUUGUUUUUAUUGUGCUAUAUUGCCAUUUGGAUAGGAAACUUGCUCAUCAUGAUUUCCAUUACAUGCAGUCAGCUAAUUGACCAGCCCAUGUAUUUCUUUCUAAAUUACCUUUCCCUCUCUGACCUUUGCUACACAUCCACUGUGACACCCAAACUCAUAACGGAUCUGCUGGCAGAAAGGAAGACCAUUUCCUAUAGAAACUGCAUGACACAGCUCUUUACCACACAUUUAUUUGGAGGCAUCGAGAUCUUUAUCCUCACGGGGAUGGCUUAUGACCGUUAUGUGGCCAUCUGCAAGCCCCUACACUACACGGUCAUCAUGAGCAGGCAGAGAUGUAAUAUAAUCGUCACGGCCUGCUGCACUGGGGGCUUUUUACACUCUGUGAGUCAGUUUCUUCUCACCAUUUUCUUACCGUUCUGUGGCCCCAAUGAGCUGGAUCACUACUUUUGUGACGUGUAUCCCUUGCUGAAAUUGGCUUGUUCCAACACUCGUCUCACAGGUCUCUUAGUCAUUGCUAACUCAGGCCUAAUUGCUCUUGUGACUUUUGUUGUCUUGAUGUUGUCUUAUUUCUUUAUACUGUACAGCAUCAGGGGGUAUUCUGUGGAGAGCCGCAGAAAAGCGCUUUCUACUUGCAGUUCUCAUAUAACGGUUGUAGUCCUAUUUUUUGCACCCGCCUUAUUCAUUUACAUUCGACCAGCCACAACGUUCCCAGAAGAUAAAGUGUUUGCUCUGUUUUACACCAUCAUUGCCCCCAUGUUCAAUCCUCUUAUCUACACACUGAGGAACAUGGAGAUGAAGACUGCCAUGAGGAAAGUGUGGUGUCGCCAGACACUCUCAGAAGAACACUGA